CGUUUGGUUUUGAAAACGUGUUGCAUGUUGAGAUGAUGAGCAGAUGAACCAAUAAUUUAACAUUGAUAGAUGACAAUGCAUAGUAUUGGUUGUUGAAGGAAGGGAAAACUAGAUUCUGCCAACAUGUCGUUGUUAUUACUGCGUUGAGUAUGUCGUUGAACGUCCCAGGGUUGGUGGUUCUCCUCAUCUUCUAUGUGAUUAUAUUUCUGGUCGGAAUUUAUGCUGCCAAAAGGAAGAAGUGGAGGAAUGGGGGACCUGAUACUCUUGAAACCUCCAUAGUUGCGGGACGCCGUAUUGGAGCUGUGGUCGGAGUAUUUACAAUGACAGCUACUACCGUGGGAGGAGGCUACAUAAAUGGAACAGCGGAAUCAAUAGCGACUGGAGGACUCGUAUGGACACUUGCUCCAUUUGGAAUCUUCAUUGGGCUAAGCAUAGGAGGUAUGACAUUUGCCAAGAGGAUGCGAGACCAGAACUACCUGACUAUGCUCGACCCGUUCCAGGAGGUUUACGGCAGCCAGGUGGUGUUCCUUGUCUACAUUGCCUCUAUAUGGGGUGACCUGUUCUGGACUGCCUCAAUACUGUCAGCCCUAGGUACCAGUCUGAGUGUAAUUUUGGAUUGGAGUCGUACCGUUGCCAUAGUGUCAUCAUCGGCCAUCACUGUCGGGUACACCAUGAUUGGUCAGAUGAUAUCGGUGGCCUACACAGAUGUUGUACAGCUCUUACUUAUCACAGGGGGACUGGUUCUCUGUGUCCCGUUUGUGUUGACAAAUGAAAACGUUGGGAACAUUGUCGAUACAACAAGUGACUGGAUUGGCCAGUAUGACACCAACAUUACAAGUCUGUGGAUAGACCUUUUCAUUGCUAUGACAUUUGGGACAAUUCCAUGGCAGGCCUAUUUCCAGCGUGUGUUGUCUGUACAGGGUGGCAAGGAGGCUCAGAUACUGUCAGUGGUGGGCGGGGCUAGUGCCCUUGUGCUCUUCAUUCCCUCUCUCCUGAUUGGUGCCGCAGCUGUCAGCGCUGACUGGACCAACACAACACUUGGCAUGUCACCCAUGGCAGCCAAUAAGGCUGACAUGGUGUUACCCUAUGUGCUUAACGAGUUCACUCCUGUACCUGUCGCUGUCAUAGGUUUGGGAGCUAUCAGUGCUGCCGUCAUGUCAUCAAUGGACAGCUCUGUCCUGGCAUCGAGCUCUAUGUUCACCAAAAACAUCUACAAACAGCUCCUACGACCAAAGGCCUCUGACACAGAGCUGAUCUGGAUUCAACGCUUGGCCAUCCUCACCAUAGGAAGUACAUCAGCAGUUGUCUCCCUUGUCGUGCCAGGUGUAUACGGUCUUUUCAUCUUGGCAGCAGAUGUCGUCUUUGUCAUUAUCCUGCCUCAGUUGAUCUGUGCAGUAUUUCUGAAGUGGACCAAUGUGUAUGGAUCUGUGACAGGAUACGUCAUCGGGACAUUGUUACGGAUCGGUGCGGGAGAACCCAGUAUCAACCUUCAGCCAUUUAUUUUCUAUCCUGCAUACGAAGCUUCUGCGGGACAGAAUUUCCCUUUCAGAACUUUUGCAAUGGUUUCAUCUCUUUCGAUCAUUGUUUUCAUCUCCAUAUUGACUAACGAGCUCGGCCUUCCGAUGGCAAAAUCUGGUAAUGCCUAUACCCUACAUUCGCGAGACAUCAGUUCAGAAUACGCACCUGAAAGUCAUACAAAUUCAUUUUGUACAAAAUUAGACCAACAAAAUCGACACACUGGAUUUACGAACUGUGACCACACUAUCCAAACUAAUGUAGAUUGCUCUAAUUACAAAGAAGAUGAUUUUACAAACUGUACCAUUGAGAAUCAUGAGGAUGCUGUUUCAGACUCAACAGAGAUUAAAGACGACGAAUUUACGAACUUUAAGCAAAAUAGGAAAAUAAUUUGUGGAAUAAAUUCUUGUGUUGUGAACAAAGACCAACAGCGACAGGAACUUAUCCACUUAAAAACAAGUCACAUAUCAAAUGAAAUGCAAUGAUUAUUUUAAGUACCACAUUUAUACCAGGCCCCACGAACCAAUCUUAAGUCUAGAUUUGUUUUAAGUUUUAACUUAAUGAAUCACAAAUGACGUCAUGAAAAGUGACGUCAUAGAUGUGAUUGACUAAGCAAAAACUUUAGUCUUAUGAUUGUUUCAUGAUCCCAGGGUCUGGUAAUACAGUGUUAAUACCUAGUUAGAAAAGGACUUCAGCUGAUAUCUAAAAACCUAAUACAUGUUUCAUUUAAAGGAAAUUGGAUUCACAGUCAUCACUGAAAGCUGGAUAUAUUUAUGAGUUCUUAAAUUUGCAAAAAGCAACUUUUGAGAAAAAUCUGAAAAUUGACAAAACUGUUCUAGUACUUGUCAUCAGGUGAUCGUUGUAACUCCUGAUGCAUGUAACUCAUUCACCCCUGAGAUUUCGUAUUGAACUAUUCAAACCUUUGAAUUGGAAGAGUUCAAAUGUGACUUCAAGGGUUAAUGAGUUAAAGGAUUUUGCCAUUGUUUGCCAUUACACUUCUUAUAAUUUGAGUAAUAACUAGAACUGUAAAUUAGAAGGUGAAAAACUUUUAACUAUACAUGUCUUUUAUACAUGUCGUUUUACAGAAUCACAUGAAAUGUGUUCAAAUAAGAAUAAAAACAUGUUAAGUGCAUUAAAAGCAGUACUUUCUAGUCAAAAAUGCUCUAAACUUUGUAACCUGUACACUCAUGUUUGUGAUAGAGACGGUUUUACAUUAUGUAUAUAAGUUAUUUGCAAACAAUCAUUGUGUAGUGUAAAUCAAAAAAAGUCAAGUUCUAUUUUUUGUUUUAGUGAUUGUUUACGCUCAUUUGUGCUAUUUAGCAUAAAAAUGAAGUUAAAAAUAUGGAUUUAUAAUGAAAUAAACCAAACAUUUUUUUAUGUUCAACAGCAGUGAACAUAUUCUGCUCUGUGAUUUGAGUUCUGUGUUCAUAUCCAAUAGCAAUAUAAAUAUUGAAAUUGAGCUUUCAUUGAUAAAUAUGCAAGACC